UAAUUCUGUCUUAAGCUGGCCACUCUACGCUGCGGACGCCGAAAAUAAAUAAAAAUAUUGCAAUUUUUAUAUUUAUAAUUCCUGGGCGACACCAGGACUCAUCAUUUUCACUGGCGGCUGUAGGACAACCCAAAACAAAGGCUAGUUGAUUCAUCGCGUCAUGGCAAACCGCACAGUCAAGGAGGCGAAAAACGUGCACGGCACCAAUCCACAAUACCUCAUCGAAAAGAUCAUCCGGUCCCGCAUCUACGAUUCAAAGUACUGGAAGGAGCAAUGCUUUGCUCUUACGGCGGAGUUGCUGGUCGACAAGGCCAUGGAACUUCGUUUUGUGGGCGGCGUCUAUGGCGGUAACAUCAAGCCCACUCAGUUCCUUUGCCUGACUCUGAAAAUGCUGCAAAUCCAGCCGGAAAAGGACAUCGUUGUGGAGUUCAUCAAGAACGAGGAGUUCAAGUAUGUACGCGCUCUAGGUGCCUUCUACCUGAGACUCACGGGCGCUGCACUGGACUGCUACAAAUACCUGGAGCCUCUGUACAUCGACAAUCGGAAAUUACGGCGCCAGAACCGUGCCGGCCAGUUUGAAAUUGUUUACAUGGACGAGUACAUAGACGAGCUGCUGCGCAAUGACCGUGUCUGCGACAUCAUACUGCCACGAAUCCAAAAGCGUUCUAUUCUGGAAGAGAACAACGAAAUUGAGCCGAAAGUCUCGGUCCUGGAUGAAGAUCUGGAUGACGAACUACCGAGCGACGAGGAAAAGGCAGACGAAAAGGAGGCGAGUCGAACGAAGGACAAAGACUCUUCAUCCGUGCGACGACCUAGAAGAGCUCGCUCCAAGUCCAGGUCACGUAGUAGGGAUCGCGGCGGCCGACCAGCGCAGAGCAGCAACCGCUCCAGAGACUACUACGACGAACUGGAGGAGUACGAUCGACAGCGUAAUCGGGCCCGUAACCGAGAGCCCCAGUUCGAUGACCAUGACCGCCGGCAGGAUCGAGACCGGGAGCGCCAGGACCGGGACAGGAUGCGAGAGCGGGAGCGUGACCGUGACCGCCAGGAUAGGGACCGAUACGGCGAAAGGGAUCGCCGGGACCGAGACCGAGAAUGGGAUCGUGAACGUGAACGUGAACGAGACCGCGACCGAGGCAGUCGGCACGAACAGCGGGAGCGGGAUUCGCGGGGAGAACGCGAACGGCGCCGCUACUAAAAUAAGUUUAAAUAAUUUUAGUAACUGACUAGUAAAAACUUUGAAAAAAUUAAA